AUGUCGGAAAGAAAACGUCAGAAGACAACUACACUUACAAAAUUUGAACAACUGCCAAACGAGUUGUUAUUAAUAUGUUUUGAUUAUUUUGAUUAUUAUUAUUUAUAUGAAACAUUUUCUUCUUUAAAUCAACAUUUCAAGAAUUUAAUUCAAUAUCGAACAGAAAUUUAUCUUAAUAUGAAAUUAAUUCCAAAUGAAAAAUUUUUACCAUUUUGCUCUCAAUUAAAUCAAUUAAUAACAACAAAUCAUAACUAUUCACUAUCAAUUCGAAUUAACAAUAACUAUAGAUUUAAUUCUAUUUUCCAAGAUAAUUUAUUCAACGAGAAUUUUUCUAGAAUAAAAUCCUUAAAAAUAACAAAUGUUACUGUUUCAACUCUAUUGUCUAUCAUAUUCGAUGGAAAAACGAAUUUAUGUCAUACAUUAGAACGAUUAAGCUUAUUCGAUAAAAUUGGUGGCACAUUCCAGGAUAUUGAUCGAUUAUGUUGUGAUUUAAUUUCGUCAAAAAUGAAAUUAUUGAAACAUUUGGAUUUAAAUUUUAUACUGUAUUCUACUGGUGACAACGAAUGUGAAGAGUAUGUCGAUUUAGAAUUUUAUGGGUUAUCUAUCGGAGAAAAAUCAUUUAGUAAUUUAGAAACGAUUAUUAUCGGCUAUAUUCCGUAUGAUGAUACUUUUACAACAUCAAAAUUAUCAUUUAAGAGAUUGAUUAAACGUGUAUUACCUUGUAUGCCAAAAUUAAAAACUUUAAUGAUAAAUUCCAUUUAUUUUGAUACUCCUGAUAAUUACCGACAGGAACAUAAAGUAUGGGUAUCAUCAAGUACAAAAACAAAUUUAAAACUAGUUAAAAUCUGGGUCGAUGUGAAUGCGAAUGAGCAACGUGAUAAAGAAAAAAUGGAAAAGUAUCUACAAAAUUAUUUUACUAAUGAAAAUUCUACGUUCAAGACAACAAUUAAGAUAUUUUUCGUUCAUAGUUAA